GGCAUUUGGAUGGCUUCCAAUGCAUUUGCCAAUUGCACCCUAAAAAGCCACCCAAAACUCAAAAAUGGACGCCAACAGCGAAAAUUCAAAAGACGCUGCAAAUCAGAAAAAUGAUGGCGAUUCCAAGGAAAAGAAUUUAGAUGAGAAGCAGGAAGUUGAUGGGAAAUCCGAAGCAGGAACAACGGAGGAUGAUGAACAGGAUAAUGGGGAGAAGGAGAAUUCUGCCGAUAAGAGUCCAGAGAAGAAGGAAAAUAGUGAGAAAGUGAAGGAGGAAAAACCCAAAGGGGGUGCAGCGGCAGCAAAGAAGAGCAAGCAGGAGGAGAAAGCAGAUCCGAGUGCCAUACCGCUGGGGCAAAUUGCAAAAAUUGACGCCAACAUCACAAAUACGAAAGCCGAUGGGCUACAGACUCUGCAUCAGAUCUGCUUCAAUACAGCUGGCAAAGCAACAAUGAUUAAGAAGAAUUUGCGCAAAUUUGCUGGUUUCACAUUCGACGGGGAUUCCGAUGAGUACAAGGAGAAGCUAGAAGCUGCCCAGAAGCACGAUGUGAAGCUACUGCGGAAUGUAUGCGAUGUCCUCACGCUGGACAAGAAGGGUAGUCAAAAGGAUCUCGCUGAGCGAAUUUGUGGUUUCCUUUUGGCACCAGAAGGUGAGGAUGAGCCCGAAGAUGAGCCCGAGGAGGCUGAAGAGGAAGAACCCGAAGAGGAGAGCGAAGAGGAACCCCGUCGAUCGCGGAAGGCAACAACAACAACAUCCGGACGACCGAAACGUUCCACAGCCGGACGUGGUUUCAAUCCAGACUAUUCCAGCUCCGAUGAGAGCGAUGAACGAUUCGCCAAGACUAAGAAGCGCAAGAAGGAGGAUUCAGACAGUGGAUCUGAUUACAAUCCAUCGGGUGGCGGUUCAGAUUCCGAUGCUGGGAAGAGACGGGGGCCACCACGUGGGCAGAGGGGUCGUCCGGUGCGACGUAGCAAACGCCAACGAUCUGAGAGUGAGGAGGAGAGUGUCACGUCGGAGGAGGAGAGUGACGAACCGAAGCGAGGACGUGGACGUCGUGGGCGUGCAGCAGCAGCAGCUACAACGCGACCACCGGCACGCAAGAAGAGGGCACAAAGUGACACGGAGGAGUCCGAUGUGGAGAGUGAGGAGAGUGAGAAGAAAGUCAAGAAAGGGGGGCGAGUCAACAAAAAUAACAAAACACCCGGAAAUGCAAAGUCCAAAACAACAACCCCGUCACCCGCUAAAGGAAAAGGACGUCCAAAGCGCGCUGCUGCAAAGACUACAAAGGCUACAAAGGAGCAGACCACAAGUGAAGAGGAGGAGGAGGAGGAACCAGAGUUGGAUGAUAAGGAAGAUGCCUCAGAGGAUGAACCUCUUGCUAAGAAGUCCAAGACAACCUUCCCUACGGAUGAUGAGAUCAAGGGGUACGUGAAGGAAAUACUGGAUGAUGCUAAUCUGGAGGAAAUUACAAUGAAAACUGUCUGCAAGCAAGUCUACGCAAAGUUUCCACAAUUUGAUUUAUCACACAAGAAGGAUUUCAUAAAGGCAACCGUCAAAUCUUUAAUUGCAACAUAAAAAAAGAAAAAAAAAACAUGAUGAGCACAGAUUUUUCUUCUCAAGAGAAAAAGGAAAAACAAACAAAUUAAACAAAAAAAAACGGAAAAAUUAUACUUUUAAUGGUUAAAAAAAAAAACACGGAGGAUGAUACAAAAAAGGGAGAAAGAGAGAAUUUAGUAUAAAAUGAAAGAUUAAAAAAAUGUGGAUCAAAAGAGUUAUUAAUUUCCGUUUAAAACUACAAACAAAACAAAUUGAAAUCUUACACACAAAACAAUUUAUUAAGUGUUUUUUGCGUCUGCAAAAAUUAUUUCGUGAAAUAAAUAGAAA